UUAUCAUGCAGCCUUGUCGGCCCAAAGCAUGGGUCUGCGAAGUCUGAGCGCGAAUCAGUCUACACGACGCACUCUAAUGCAAGAAAAAGGCAGUAUUAGGAAAAUGCUCAAGCCACCAAAGCAUUGCGCCUGUCCAGAACGCAAUCCUGGAUUGAAACUGAGCUCUACGGAGUCCCCUGCUGGGUUUAGCCUGAUUGCGCAGGUCCUUCAUAUAUUCUCGGCACCUGUGCAUCGUUCUCAGUUUCACCUGUACCACGAUGUCGAACCCUCAGCCAGCUCCAGUCGAGAACGCAUACAUAAAACAUAGCCGACCAAAGAACAUCUUCUGGCACCAUCGGUAAGCCGAAAGCUGAGUUAUGGACGUUAUGGAGUGUCGGAUAAUCUUACAAAUUCUUGACAGGGGUGUACUUGAUCAUGUUGACGACGAUGAAUUACCAGGUCGAGUGGAAAGCUUCAUCGGCGAAAAUCGUAUACCUGUCACUUACGAAGUUCUCCUGAAAGGCGCAAGGAUGAUCAAGCACGAAGACCUUGCAAGGAGCGGCAGAUCACUCAGCGAGAAACAGAGAUCCAUCCCAGGUUUGACGCAGGCAGAUCUUGAUCUUUUGAAAACCGAAGGGCAUUGGAGGCACCAGCCAUUGACACUCUAUAUGACGGUCGCUCUUGCCUCCGUCGCUGCCAUCGUCCAAGGUUGGGACCAGACAGGCACAAACGGAGCAAAUCUGCAAUGGCCAAAAGAAUUUAUUUCCGGGUACAAAGCCACAGACCUUACUGGUCAAAAUGCCUUAAUCGUCGGUCUUGUCAAUGCCGCGCCAUACAUCGUUAUCGCUGUUCUGGCAUGUUGGAUCUCGGAUCCUUUGAACCACUGGCUCGGCCGCCGUAAAACAAUCUGGAUAGGGGCGCUUCUCAGCUUGAUUGCACCUAUUGCUUCAGCUUUCACACGCAGAUGGCCACAACUUUUGGGCUGUCGUUUCCUGCUUGGAGCGGGAAUGGGUUUGAAAGAGGUCACAGUACCAAUACUAUCGGCUGAGAUUGCACCGCCAGAAAUCCGAGGUGCGCUCGUUAUGUCGUGGCAGAUAUGUACAGCAGCCGGCAUAUUCCUCGGGUCUAUAGCCAAUCUGGUGGCCAUAGAAUUUGUGCCGGACCAUCCAGAUCAAAGGCAUUCUAACAUCUGGCGAUAUCAACUGGGCUCAGCGUUUAUCCCCGCAGUCCCCCUUCUUUUUGGGAUUUUCUACUGUCCAGAGUCGCCACGCUGGCUGAUUCGGAAAAACAGGCCGAGAGAAGCUUACUUUUCUCUUUUGAGACUACGCGGUCAACGUCGAGAACUGCUUGCUGCCAGAGAUCUCUAUUAUAUCCAUGAGGAGCUCAGUUCCAAUCCCGAAGGAGGCUCAACGAUUGAGGAUACAUUCGGGCGAUUCAAAGAGCUAUUCGUCGGGAAAAAACGAGUUCGGAGAGCAACAGUAGCUGCGUCCACUGCAAUGAUAGCACAGCAGUUAUGUGGCAUCAAUAUCCUCGCAUUUUAUUCCUCAACAUUGUUCUCCAAUCUUCUUCAUCCAGAAGCGGCUGAUGAAAACGACCCGGACUUACGAACGCCUCUAUAUCUUACCCUUGGCUUCGGUGCUGCGAACUUCCUAUUCGCAUGGCCUGCUUUCUUCAUCAUUGAUCGCUUCGGACGCCGCGUUUUGUUACUGUCAACCUUUCCACUUAUGUUUAUCUUCCUGCUAACCGCAGGACUGUGCGUUGAGAUCAAGGAUGCAUCUAUAAAAACUAAAGUCGUUACAACGAUGAUAAUUCUCUUUGCUGCCAGCUAUUCACCUGGAGUUGGUCCUAUCGCCUUCACUUAUUCGGCAGAAGUCUUCCCCAUGAGUCACCGAGAAAUCGGAAUGAGCUGGGCAGUCGCCAUGAACAAUCUCUUUGCUGCUGCGCUAUCUCUAUCGUUUCCCUCGAUAAACCAAAAGUUCUCCCAUCACGGCGCUGGAGCAAUGGAAUUUUUCGCAGGUUUAAAUCUGUUGUCGUGGAUUCUGGUCUUUCUGUUUGUGCCAGAAACCUGUCUCAGGACUCUUGAAAACAUCAGUCUUGUCUUCGCCAUCGAGACCACAAAACACAUGCAGCAUCAGAUAUUCAAGGUGACACCCUGGUUCUGGAAAAAAGUGACGUUCAGGGAUCCCGGUCCCUGUCCACUUUUUUACCAGAAAGAUAUAGUUCAAAGCAUGGAGUUGAGGCCUGUAGAACAGCUUCUAUGACCGAGGGCCACUAUCUGGCAAAGCCGGUGCUUCGUUUGUUUUCAAGUCCUUGCGCUGUAGCGUGGCCAAUGAUGAGUUUCCAGGCCACAUCCUGCGCAUUGUCAUUCUCUGUGGCAAACUCAAUAUAGGCACGGGCACCCAAUUCCUCCAACACCGAAUAUCCGGUUUCUCUCGAGACG